GAUAUAAAAAAUAGUGAUGGAAUGCUAAAUAAAAUCCGGCUUCAUGGUGUUUCUAUUAUCCUCAUUUUCUGGCAUUGCAAAGCUGUUCUUAAAAGAGUGUAAAAUAUUAAAAAAAACUCUUUAAAUAAAACAUUUAUACCCAAGACAGUGAAAUAUAAUUAUCCUAUUUUAAAGAAAUUAUUAAUCAGCGUGUUUAUAAAAAUAUAUUUCUGAUGAGAGAGUAUGUAAAAACGUAAUUACUGCUGGUGUAAGCUGAGAGCUAUGUUCAAUUUUUUGUUGUUAUUCGUAAUUCUACGCGCUACAAACGGGCUAACAAGGCUGGAAAAACUUUUGAAAGAAGUUUCGUAUGAACAGUUUGAACGUCCAAAUGAUUUAGGAUCAGCAGUUAAUAUCACAGUACAAGUUUAUGUUCAUUCACUGGGAAAGAUUGACGAGAGUGAUUUUACAUUUGAAGUCGGUUUUUAUUUACGUCAAUGGUGGAAUGAUCCAAGACUUGCAUCAAAGAAAUUCCACACGAUUCGGACUACUUCUCUUGAUAAAUUGAUAUGGACUCCAAACACAUCUGUUCUUGAUUCUCAUCAAACAAAAGAAUUUAAGAACGCUAUUCGAACUGUUAUUGAACCAAAUGGUGAAGUGUAUGUUGCUCGAAGACUCCUGGCCAAAAGUCGAUGUGAAAUGAAUUUAAAGUAUUACCCUAUGGACCUUCAAGUCUGUCAUUUAACAUUAGAAAACUAUGCUUAUGCAACUGAUGAAAUCAACAUAUCAUGGCAUCAUUUGCCAAUUUCAAGAAGACAAGGAAUUUUAUUGGAUGGUUACGAUUUGAUCGGUAUCAACACAGAGACGGAAACAUACCAAACAGUAAUAGGACACGAGACUGAAUCAUUCAAGUUACUUCACAUGCACUUCUAUGUGAAGCGAACUUUUAUGUAUUUCGUCUACCGUGCAUAUAUCCCAUCAGUGCUGUUAUCCGUGUUCUCGUUUGCAUCAUUCUGGAUACCCGAUACUGCAGUCCCAGCUCGUAUUGGAAUAAUCGUAACUGGCUUUCUAGCAAAUGUAUUUAUCCUGCAAGGUGUCAGUGAGCAGACUGUAAAAGUUUCUUAUACCACUCCCAUGCAAAUUUUUUUGGUGGUCAAUAUUUCUCUUAUUAUUUGUGCACUGAUUGAAUAUGUUAUUAUAUUGCAACUACAAAGACGAAAAAAGGACAAAGUCGAUACAAGCAAAGACCCUUCAGACUUGAACACUCAUGUAAGCUAUGGGAGUUUUCUUAUGCUUGAACAAAAAAGAAAAAAGAAAACAAACGGAUUUCUCCGCCAAAAUGCCGUUUUUAAAAACGACUACGCACCGGCGGAAAGCGAUUAUUUACCAUUACAUGAUGACGUCACGAGUAAACAAACGAAAACAAAACAACCAACACGACCUGAUGUACACAAACUUGAUCGCGUCACUCAGAUUCUUUUGCCCAUUUUGUAUCUGAUAUUCUUGACAUGUUAUUUUGGUUACUAUAGAAACGUAGAACGCGAAAAUGUAAACAUGGUUGCCUUUAAAUCUUGAAAGACGUACUGGAUGCAGUAGUCAACCGUGUGAAGUUAAAACGAAAAUAAUAAAUGUAAUCGGGUGAUUAACAACAAGAAACUUUGGGUGAAUACAAGUCACAGAAGUUGCAAGAAAGAAAAAAAGUGGAUACUCCGAAACAUGAGUGUGGUCUAAUAUAUUUGCCCCUAUGAGAGGACUGAGACGCAAGUUUUAUUUUUUUAAAAAAAUUAGUUAGAAAAAAAUCUUUUGUUUUUGUUGGAACCAUGGUGUGUUGCGUAAUGCUUUGUCGGCUACAGUCUAAAAGAACAUUUACGCAGUUACCCUUUUUAAGGUGUGAUGAGAAAAAAUUAAAGUUUUUCACGUUUCGAAUUUGGGAGAACCAACACCGCAAAUCGUCAUUAGAAUCUACUAUUGGGGGCCAAAAAAUUUUUGCAUUCUAGCAACAUUAAGUAAACUUUUUGUACAAUUUAAGUUCAGAAUUUGUCAUCUUAAAAUAUUAUUAAAUAUUUAUUUAUUAAGGAUUUGUUAUAGGAACUGUAGCUAAUCAGUAGAGGUUUUUACGUAUCAAAUCUAGGUUUAAGAGUAUUUUUUUUCAAAAAAAGCAAAAGUGCAAAAUUUUCUUCCCCUAAAAUAUAUCAUUUUGCUGUAUAUUCAAAAGUAACUUGAAUUGACUACUACAUUACAACUUCUUUAACUUGGGGACAACAAAAUGAAAUCCAAACAGAUAAAAUAAAAUCUAUGUUCAAAAUAUUUAUUACAUCAAAGGUUGUCUUAUAACACGAAAAAUUCUCUACUUUUUACGUUUUAGUGAUGUAUUCCCAUCCAACAAAACUUGUUGAGAACUUGUUUGAAAUAACCGCUACACACUUUGUUUGUAAGAAUUCUAAGAAUAAUACUGAGGCCUACUGAGGCACCAAAUUUUGUGUGUGCAAAAUUGGGAUUUAGUCUGAAAUUUAUUUAUACAACAUUUCCCUAGGAAAAACUUAUAGUGUAGAAGUAAUCAAAUUGUCUCUUCUCACUUCUUCAAUUAUGACCUUGACGUCAUUACAUUUUUUAAUAAUUUAAAGAAGGGGAAUUCAAUUUGCUAAGAAUCCUAAGGCUCAAAACAAAACAAAAUAUGAGGCUUAUUUUAUGGUGCCACUACAAAAAAUUCUAAGACUAACAAAAUUUAAAUAACGCAAAUUUUAUUACAAUUUUCUACGAAAGAUUCUUCCUAUGAAAAUAUUUCUGCAAAAAAAGAA